AUGGUGGAAUCGGCAACAAAUCACGGUCCCGACUGCGGGUCUGUGUGCAACGAGUCCGCAGCUCUGGAGGGACAGGGGCCACCGGUGUUGGUCGAUGCCUGGCUGGUCCCCACUUUCUUCGCCCUCAUCAUGCUGGUCGGCCUGGUCGGGAACUCGCUGGUCAUCCAUGUCAUCACCAAACACCAGCAGAUGAAGACCGUCACCAACUUUUACAUAGUAAACCUGGCCACGACCGAUAUCUUGUUUCUGGUCUGCUGCGUGCCCUUCACUGCCACACUGUACCCGCUGCCCAGCUGGGUCUUUGGAGAGUUUAUGUGCCGAUUGGUGAGCUACCUUCAGCAGGUGACUGCUCAGGCAACAUGUAUCACUCUGUCGGCGAUGAGCGUGGACCGCUGCUACGUGACUGUCUACCCUCUGCAGUCACUGCGGCACCGCACUCCCCGCAUGGCUCUGGCCAUCUCUGUGUCUAUCUGGAUAGGCUCCUUGUUGCUGUCGACCCCCGUAGCCGUGUACCAGCGUCUGGAGGCAGGAUACUGGUUUGGUCCUCAGACGUACUGCAGCGAGGUCUUCCCCUCGGCUCGCCUCCAGAAGGCCUUCAUCAUCUACAGCUUCUUGGCCGUCUACUUGCUGCCCCUGCUCACCAUCACCGCCUGUUACGCCUUCAUGCUCAAGCGCAUGGGCCAACCCAGCGUGAAUCCCGUCGACAGUAGCUACCAAUUUCAGGCCCAGGCCAGGCGAGCAGCAGCAGUGCGGGCGCGAGUCUCCCUGAUGGUGGUGGUGAUGGUGGCCCUGUUUCUCAUCUGCUGGGGCCCCAUCCAGGUCUGCAUCCUCCUGCAAGCUUUUGGCCUCCGCAGUUACGUUCUAUACAAGCUGAAGAUCUGGGGUCACUGCAUGUCUUACUCCAACUCCUCUGUCAACCCCCUGGUUUACGCCUUCAUGGGCAACAACUUCAGGAAGGCCUUCAAGCAAGCAUUCCCCGCCAUAUUUCUGUGGCGUACCAGGAGGAGAGUCCGGGUGGGAAACAUCGAGACAGAGGAAGGGGGAGAAAUGGAUCGCCAGGCACCCAAACGAGGAGCAGAGAUGCACUUUCUUUCAUCUGCGUCCUAA